AUUUCGGGACUGGAGAGAACGGGGAAAACGAAACCUGUCUCAUCAGCAGCCUUGGACCACGGGGUGUGUUGAAGAACAAGAGUGGAUUUCUUUUUUUCCCAGGACUGGAAAGAAUAGAGAAAAAGGAAACUUAUUUAAUUGUCAGCUGUGCAUCUCUAGCACAAUCAAGAGUGCCUACCUAGGAGGAAGGACCCAAGGCUUCAGCUGCCCCUGGAGGCAACAGAGUGGGUGAGAUGAGCUCCAAGUGUUAGAGCAACAUCAUCGCGAGAGUUGGCAUUUGUCAGCAGCUGGACGUGCAUGUCUUUGCCGUGGAGCCUUUCACCCUGAGCAAAUCACUUGCAGUGGCUUAAAUGGUUCCUGAGCCCCCCGCCGUCUAUUAAACAGGGCAGGACCUUGCACUGUUACCACCAACUCUGACCAGAUUCGGGUUGUGUUUGGAACUUCUACUGGACCCCAUGGCAUUGUCUGGAACAGGCACGCUAGUGGCUUCCCUUGUCUGCAAGAUAACAGCUUCAACAGCUAUGGCCAAAGUUGGAGGUGCAGUCUCGGGUACCAUUCUAGCUGGCUCCCAGGGGCUCACCCUGUUAUACCAGACUGCCCUGGGCUCUGGAGCACCUGUGCUUGCAUCUGCAUUCGGGGCACUGAAGGCUGGAAGCAUCCUGUCAGGGGGCCCUGCCUAUGUCUUGGCUGUUUGUCCCACUGGAGCCAAGGCUGCUGUUGCUGUGCUUGGGGGAGCCAUGACCGUAGCUGCUGUGCCCCCCGUGCUGGGUGCUGUGGGCUUCACUGGGACAGGAAUUGCUGCCUCCUCUCUAGCAGCUAAGAUGAUGUCCUUGUCAGCUAUUGCUAAUGGGGGUGGAGUCGCGGCUGGUAGCCUGGUGGCCACUCUGCAGUCCGUGGGAGCUGCAGGACUUUCUCUGUCAUCUAAAGUCCUCUUAGGCUCUGCAGGAUCUGCCGUGGUGGCCAGUGUGAUGGGCAUCUCUCAGAGUUCCCGAUCUUCUCUCCUCGGAGAAGAGGACAUGAAAGGAGAGGGGACAGGUCACAGCUUGUCCAACCUAGAGAAUGGUCAGUUAACCUUAGGGGACAAUCUGCCCUCCUGGCAUCUACAGGACCUACCAUUGUGUCAGCAUAAUGGUAUCUCUGAGAGUUCUAUCCUUUCACUCUUCACAGAAGCAGACAGGGAAGCAGAGGAGACACCCCCAAGCUUCUCCCACACAGAGAGUGAUCAGUUAACCUCAGGGAAUGAUCUGUCCUCUUGGGAUCUGCAGGAUCUUGUCUUCUGUGUAGUGUAAUGGCAUCUGUGUGAGAUCGAGUUCUCUGUUUAGAGGACAGGGGAGUAGAGGUGACACCUCCCUGCUUGGUCAACCUAGAGAAUGAUCAGUCAACCCCAGGAGACGAUCUGCCAGUGUCAGAUGCCUAAUUGGAAAUAAGAAAUAAAACCAAGUUGUUGCCAGCCUUUUCCUUA